GCAACAUUGUUUGUUAAAAAAUAACACGGCCGUUGUAUGUUGACUGCGUUUGCAAUUAUCAAUUUUAUUUUGAGUAUUUACUCUAAAUUUUCUGUGUUUCCUUAUAUUUUGAUGAUAUCAUGUUCGACUAUUAAUCGUUGGUAACAACAAAGUACCGUCUACCAUCCGAAAUAGUGAGAUAACACCAUGUUUUACGAAGAAGAGGAGAGAUUUCUCAAUCCGGAUCUACUUCACGUUGUUCGUCGAGAACUGUUAUUAACAUUUCCAGAUGCCAUCAAUUCUAACUAUGAUGUCACACCUUAUGGCUUAAAGUAUGUUCCUACUCAUACUGAAGAUGGAAUACCUAUACGGAAGCUAUAUGUCUCAAAUUUACCCCCAAAGACAACCAGAUCAGAGUUAUUUGGAGUGUUUGCUCCUUACGGUUUCAUCAAAAGCUGCUGGUUAAGGAUGGGAGAUAAAGGUCCCAAUAAAACACCAACACCUACAUAUGCGUUUGUGACCUACAGCAAUCCAGCUGAUGCUCAUAAAGCGCUGCAAGCCCCAGGUCAUGAGAAGACACUGAGAGGUCGUAACCUGAGAAUAUCACCAGCAGACAGUUGGCACCAGCCUGCUGAGGAUGCUGACGGCAGAGGGCGCUGGAAGCCCCGCGGUCAGCGGCGUUCUGAGGCACAUGCUACUACUACCGAGAACUCUGUUCAGCCACCAGAAGUCAGUAACUCAGAAUGGGUUUCAGACAAUGGGGAUGCAGCGGAAGCAACAACUAGUGCUACUGAUGCACCAAUGGAUAACCCUGAAUCAAAAGAAGAAGUGAAAGAGAGUGAAAUGGAGCCUGACUACACAAUACUAGAUGUACUGAACAGGGAUUGUUUAGCACACAUCAUGUCUUAUGUUCCCAUCAGAGACCUCAUAAGAUCUGAACGAGUCAGUAAAACUUGGCAAAAUAUGGUCCGCGAAUACCUUGCAGGCAUCCGCAUGUUCAAGACGUCGUGGUGGCAGCACGUGCCGGUGAUGCUGACGACGGCCGUGCUGCGCCGCAUCGUGCAGCGCCUGGGCGGCGGCCUGGCCCGCCUGCACAUCGACCACCACUGGUCCGCGCUCAACGACCGCACCGCGCACAUCGUCGGCAAGUUCUGCCCCAACCUCGAGGAGCUUAAGAUUGUUGGAAUGCACACGCGAAAUUGGAAUCCACUAAUCUACGGUUGUAAACAAUUAAAAACUUUAUCCUUUGUGUCAUGCAAUAAGCUAACAGAUUCGAGUUUAGUACAUCUAGUCAAAAGCGAAUCGUGCAUAGAAAGUUUAACGGUCGCGAAUAACACACAUGUGACGGGAUUAUUCCUUACUGGAUCAAAUCCACAAAAAUUAAACUCUCUCGCAUUUUACAACUGCUACAGUCUUCAAGGCACAGUACUUUGUGCUGCGAUAGACACGCUGCCAAGAUUAACCUGUCUCAAGUUGGAUGUAUGUCCUCACACAAUGUGGAAAAUAAUACCAAUGAUUCUCAACAAACUUCCAUUACUUGAAGAGCUUUCGUUGAGCGAGUAUAUAUCAGUAGAUUCAUGUUUCUCUCCACAAUGCAACGAUUCGUUCUGCGAUGCCAUUGGUAACCUAACUGAACUGAAGAGCCUGAACCUGAGUCGCAACAUAUACAUCACCAACACAGUACUGAAACGAGUCGCUCAGUGUUGUCCCAAGCUAGAAACACUGAACAUCUCUAGCUGUAAUUCUCGAAAGAUCUUCCCUCAACCAGGAGUGGGCGACGAGGGCGUGUCGGCGGUAUGUCGCGGGUGCCGCGGGCUGUCCCGGCUGGACGUGUCGUACCUGGGCGCGCUGACGGACGCGGGCGUGCGCGCCGCCGCCGGCCUGCCCCGCCUGGCGCGGCUCACGGCGCGCGGGAACCCGGCGCUCUCCUCCGCCUCGCUGGCCGCCUGCCUCGCCGCCUGCCCCAUGUUGCAGGAGGUGGACGUGUGCGGGUGCGACGGAGUGUCGGAGGAGGUGGUGUCGGGCGCGGUGCAGGCGCUGCUGCAGCGCCCGCGCCCGCUCACGCUGCGCCUGGCCGGCACCGCCGCCUCGCCCGUCGAGCUGCAGCAAGACUACCCGACGCACAAACUACUAACAGUGGACGUAGUGGACGACCGCAGUAACCCCCACCUCCGGCCUGACUUCGUCGACACUAUGUUCGAACACAGUUCCGAUGAUUCCCUCGGAGAUCUAUACGAAAAUGACGAUUUCGACGACUUUUUUGGACCAGGGUACGAAGAUAACGACGGCGCAUCUGACUGAUGUGGCAAGCCUGGUAGUGUGUGCUUCCAAGAGUCGAGUUCCCGCGGUGCAGUGUUUGUUGUGUGAACUGCUGAAUGUUCUAGUUAUGAGUAAUGAUACGUUAUAGAUGAGGAUCUGUUCCUGGACGAGGACUUGGAUGACUUCGACGGAAUGUACCACUAUGAGCUGCAUGCGCCCGACAUUAUUUUGCUGUAGGAGCCGCCGCGUCGCCGGUCUACGUCUACGUCGCUGUUCUCACGCCAUAUUGCAAUCCUACCAGCCGACACGUUGCAAUCUUCAGGACUUGCAAUGCAAUCCAACACGAUUAUGUUACAACAUACAUUUAUCGAGGAAAAAUGUUUUAGAAUUAGUUGUUUUGUUCAAGUGAUUUGUUUAUAUUUCUUGUAAAAAGUAAAUCAAGGUUUUAUUUAAGGCCGAUUUUAUUUUUCAUUUCUAAUUUUGCAUGUUUGUAUGGACUUUAAUGUUAUUCAUUACGUGAUUGGGAGCAUCAUUUUAUUUGAAGCACUAAUAUUUGGCUUGUUUUAAAAUAUGGUUGUAAUUUGAAGAGGUGAAAAAAAAUCAUUUACUUGUUUUCUGUAUAACUUGGCCCAAAUAUAGCCACUCUGCUUGAGGAACUAAUUAACGUUUCUGAUUCAUAGUCAAUAGUAAUUAGAUAGUAUGACAAUGCUUGUGCUAAGCUCAUUGGGAAAGGAUAGAAUAUAAUCAAUAGCUAUUCUUUAUCAAAAGCCGUUCCCCAUGGAUUGGCUGGUUGGCAACAUAAUAUUUUCAUUUAACUUUAUAAUGGCAUAGUUAAAACAAAAUUCUUAAAGUAUUAUUUUAGGUUUAUCUUUGGUCUGAAAAAGUAAUUUGGUUAUUUUAUGAGCAUGAGUCUGAAUUUGAUUAUUUAUAAACAUUAACGAAAUCUAUUAGGUUGCUGCCAUUCCUAUACAAUACGCCUAGUCUUGCAUCGCUUAAUGAUUUAAACAAUUUUGUGCCUUUAAAGCAAUACUGUAUUAAUUAACAAAUGUAUAACCUUGUUCAUAUUAUCAUAUAAUUUUAUAUAGCAUAUUUGUAUUGAAAUAGCCAAUUUAGCCAAUAACUUAACUAAUGUAUAUGGCAUAAUGUAGAAAAAUAUAGUUAUGAUGGUAAUCACCCCUUGAAAUUAUGAAUGAUAUUUAUAUUUACCAUAAUAGGAGUGCUAUAAAUCGCAGUUGUUCAAAAUAAGAUACACAUGUUUAGGCGGUUGUAACUGAAAUCUAUGAUUGUAAGACUUUGUUAUAAUUAUCUGUGAUGAAACAUUAUUUUCGCAACACGGAAGUCCCACACCUCAUCUAGUUGUAGCAGUUAUUGUUUAUUUAUAUAUAAACCUUUUGAUGUAUUGUAUUAUAACUGUAAGCAAAGUCUGAAAUAUUGUGAUAUAAAUAAAUUAUUCAUUUCUGAUUUUAUCAAUUAUCUCAAGUAAUUGGUAAUACAUACUGCAGUGGAUAAAUUCAAGUAAAUAUUGUAGUAAUUGUUCGAGUGUUUGUUGCUUGUUUAUGUACGGCUUGAAUUUAUACGAAAGAUUUGACUUGGUUUUGUAAUUUGUAAAAGUAUCAAUUACAUUUAAAGGAAGUAAGCUUUUGAUUUUGUUUUUUGAUAAUUCAUAAAGUAUUAAUCCUAUGCAUGUAAACAAUGUAAAAUCCCUAUAACCUUUACCUUGUAGGAAUUAAAUGUAGUACCAAGUAAAUUCUUUAAAUAAUUAUAGUAUUACCACUGGCAAUCAACUAUUUGAAAUGUGAUAUUGUGAUUUGUAAAAAUUUAUGUGUCCAUAUUUCCUUACCAGCUUGAUAUGAUUGUAUGUCAUGAACUUAUGUUUUCUAUGGCUAAUCAAAAAUGAGUUGAGCAAUGUAUGUACCUUUGUGUUUAAUUUUUAAUUUACUUCAAAUAUCAUUGAAGCUGUUGUCAUAGAAUAUCAUAUUAGGCUGGAUUACUUUAUAGAUAAGUUGUUAUUUUGAAGUAUAGAAACGGUAAACUGAAGAGGUGUUGCGAGUUUUUUUUGCUCUUAAUUUAGACAGGAAGUUUUAAGUUUUGAAACUUUUUUCAGGUGUUUUUAUUACAUUACUGUAACUUUAUGACAUUUUCACUUUAUAAGAACUUAAAACUUAAUCAAAGUGGUGAUUUUUAUUUGUUUUUAUUAAAGAAUGGUUUUUGUUUCAAUCACAGUUGGAAAAUCAAUUACUAUUUAUAUUUUUUAAGACUUUAUUAGAACAUAGUCUAGCCAAUAACUCUUAAUUCUCUGGGCAUUAAAGAAAACGUUUUUGUUGAUGAUUGAUCCAGUCUUAGUUAUGAUGAAUGCAAUUGUUGCGAAUUAAAAAUUAUCUGCCUAUUUAGUUUGUGGAGUGCAAGUUUUCUGUCUCUUAUUUAUUCAUUGAGCUUACAUGUUUUUAUUUCAUAUCCAAGAACUGUCACUGUGUUUAAGCAUAUAUUAAAUACGUUUUUAUUUUAUUAAAACUAGAUUAUUUUUAAUUAUCUUUGCCUAACAUAAAAACAUGUGAGCUAUAAUUAAACAUUUGUUAACUUCAAUGAUGUUAAAGUUAUACAUUAGUUAACCUCAAGUAACAAGAAAGUGAAAAGGUUUUGUUUGUUGGUUUGUUUCCGUAACAUCAUCACUCAUUUCUGAAUGUGUUCAGUGUUGUAAUGUUUGUAGAAGAAUAUAUUAUGUAUAUUUGCAGGGUUCACUUAGUGGUGAUUUAUGUUUUUAGAAUUGCAUUUUGGUCAAAAACCUAAAGCAUGAGAUGAUUUGUGAAACUUAAUAGAUUUUAUACAUUAAUUGUUUUAACAUAUUAGUAAGAACUGAAAUACAAAAAAUUCUUCAACA